AUGGCUCGGGACAUGUCAGAUAAGGAUAUCCUGAAAAUGGAGCUUGAGCAGCUGAAGAAGGAAGUCAACACACCCAGAACCCCAGUUUCAGCAACAGCUCCAGAGCUCAUUUCCUUUGUGGAAACUCAGUCGGCAGAAGACCCUCUGAUCAAGGGAGUUCCAGAAGAUAAGAACCCAUUCAAGGAGAAGGGAGGUUGCAUUAUUACUUAG